AUGGUACAAUUGAUUUUAUCUUUGGAAAUUGCUGCUUGUGUUUUCCAAAACUGCAAUCUCUACGCUCGAAAACCCAUGCCUUACCAAAAGAACAGUUUCACAGCCCAAGGGCGGUCCGACCCUAAUCAAAACACAGGUAUUUCCAUCCAUAAUUGUACUCUUCAAGCUGCACUCGAUUUGGCGAUGGACUUAAACUCAUCCUUCGUAUGUUACCUUGGUCGACCUUGGCAUAAUUACUCGAGGACUGUUUACAUGCAAUCGUACAUCAGCGAUGUCAUUAAUCCUUUAGGAUGGUUAGCAUGGAAUACUACCGUAGGGCUUGAUAAUGUUUUCUAUGGUGAAUUUGAGAAUUAUGGCCCAGGAGCUAAUACUAGCAUGAGGGUACAAUGGAUGGGUUAUAAGUUAAUGAAUGCAUCUGAGGCUAUGAAUUUCACCGUGUACAAUUUUACAAUGGGAGAUGCUUGGUUGCAUUACUCGAAUGUACCUUUUAGUGCCGGAUUACUGUAA